GCCACUGGAUGAAGAACCCCUGGCCAGGAAGGCUACAGGGGAAUACCGGGCUGACCACCCUAAGGACUGCCAGCCAAAUGCUGGUGCCCUAUGAAGGAACACAACCCCAGAUACUGCAGAUUGAAGCCAAGAGAGUGAGUCUCAGACACAAAGUCAUGUCCGUGUAAAAUCAGGCACAGGGCAGACGAUUACCAUACCCAAGGAUUCUCUGUUUACGGACGGUGAAGCUAAGUAACGCCGCCUUGUCUUGAAGAUCAGAAAUAAAAGCAAGUUCAACGGCAUUUUAUUGAGUGACCAAAGGAUCACUGCCCUGAAGUGAAACAUUAACAAGGCCUGGAGAGAAAAAACCAGGAGCGCUUUUCGGGAUUCCUUUUCAGCCAGAGCCAGGCUGGGAUCAUCUGGAGCGCGGGACAGAGCAGACAUGGCUGAGGACGGCACAAAGCAGACGGCCAAGGGAGAAACAGGCUCCCGGGGUGCUCAGAUGUGGGAUUUUCAUUCAGGUCACAUCUGUAUGGCAUGCAGUUCUGCCAAGUCCUGAUGUGGGUACGAUAGGUGGAGAAGUGCCAAGCAAACAGGUCCCCACCACGAACGGCCGAGAGCACAAAUCCAUUAUUUUGGCAGAGCCCCCCCACUGCAGUCUCCUAGGACUCUGCUGUUGUCUCAUCCCCGUCGCUGCAGAAACGUGCUCGAUGAGGGUUAACUUAAACUGAAUCAAACUCCAAACCCCGAGGUUGGAAGACUUCCCGGUCAACUCACUACUACCACAUACCAUGGUGUGAAUGGAGGCGAGAGGGAAGAUGAACGCUUUUCAGAGAGACGUAUCCAAGGAAACUUUGUUCACUUCCAUUUCUGCAGGAGACGAUGCCCCCAAAGGAGCUUGCACUUUGCAGAAAAAAUCCCCGAAACUCUGUGGCACCAACUACCCGCUAAGCAUCGCCUUCAUCGUGGUGAACGAGUUCUGCGAGCGCUUCUCCUACUAUGGCAUGAAAGCUGUCCUGACAUUGUAUUUUCUCAACUUCCUCCACUGGGAUGAGAACCUGUCCACCUCUAUGUACCAUGCCUUCUCAGGGCUGUGUUACUUCACCCCCCUCAUUGGAGCAAUCAUAGCUGACUCCUGGCUGGGAAAAUUCAAGACAAUCAUCUACCUGUCCAUUGUUUAUGUGAUUGGCCAUGUGAUCAAGUCAGUCGGUGCGAUACCAGUUGUCGGGGACCAGGUUCUUCAUGUAGCCCUGUCCAUGGUUGGCCUGUCUUUGAUUGCUUUUGGAACAGGAGGUAUCAAGCCCUGUGUAGCGGCAUUUGGCGGGGACCAGUUUGAAGAAGAACAUGCCUCGGAGAGGAGCAAGUUUUUUUCAGUCUUCUAUCUAUCUAUUAAUGCUGGAAGUUUGAUCUCCACGUUUGUUACUCCCGUAUUAAGAGGGGACGUGAAAUGUUUCGGAGGAGACUGUUUUGCCUUGGCUUUCGGUGUCCCAGCAGUGCUCAUGGUUUUAGCCCUGGUCGUAUUUAUUUCCGGAAGUGGAUUGUACAAGAAGACGCCGCCCCGGGGAAACAUCCUACUCCAAGUUUGUCAGUGCGUCGGGUUUGCCAUUAAGAACCGGGUGAAAAACCGCUCCCGUCUAAUUCCAAAGAGGGAACACUGGCUCGACUGGGCAUCAGAGAAGUACUCAAAACAACUGAUCAAUGAGGUUAAAAUGGUGACACGCGUCCUCUUCCUGUUCAUCCCACUGCCGAUGUUCUGGGCCCUGUUUGAUCAACAGGGGUCCAGGUGGACACUGCAAGCCACAAAAAUGGAUGCCGACUUUGGAGGACUUAUCCUUAAACCUGACCAAAUGCAGUUCUUAAAUCCACUUCUGAUUCUUAUCUUCAUCCCCAUUUUUGACCUUGGGCUCUACCCCCUGUUAAAUCUGUGCAGAUUAAACUUUACGCCUAUUAAAAAAAUGGCAACAGGUAUGAUCCUUGCAGCUCUGGCAUUUGCAGCCGCAGCCAUCAUAGAAGUCAAAAUUAAUGAGCGUGACAUGCCCAAGCCUGUUCCAAAAGAAAGUUUCCUUCAAGUUCUGAAUCUGGCAGACAACAAAGUUCAAGUGACAGUCCAAGACCGAGACCUCUUUCAGCAGCCCAUUGAGACUUUUCAGGAUCCAGCUGAGUAUUUGAAAUUAAUAUUGAGCGGCAAGCAGCAAACCCUUCGCUUUAACCUGCAAGAGACUCCUGGACCGGCCUCCGCUUUUAACUACACCGUGGAGGAGAAAUCCGUGUACAGCUUGAUUGUUUACAAAGCAGGAGGAAGCAUAUCAAGCCGCUUAAUCACAGACAUGCAAACGAAACCAGGCAAGGGAAUGGCAGCUGUCAGAUUCAUUAAUGCAUGGGAGCAAAAUGUCAACAUCACCUUGGGCGGCCAGGAGGACAUCAGCGUUAAUAAAAGUUACGGCGUUUCAGGUUACACGACGUUAGAGAGGGGAAACUACAAUACGAGAAAAUGCCGAACCGAAACAGGGGAAUUCAGCCUGGACCUAGGGCUACUUGACUUUGGAGCAUCAUACACCGUUGUGAUAAUCAACGCAUCUGGAAACACUCUCAACGCAUGGAAGUCAGAAGAUAUCAAAGCCAAUCAUAUCCAUCUGGCUUGGCAGCUGCCGCAGUACCUAUUGAUAUCAGCUGGAGAAGUGAUGUUCUCCAUUACAGGCCUGGCAUUCUCUUAUUCUCAGGCUCCUGUCAGCAUGAAGUCCGUGCUCCAGGCAGGCUGGCUGCUAACCGUGGCCUUUGGAAAUGUCAUCGUGCUUAUUGUGGCCCAGGCGGCACCGCUGGAGCAGUGGGCUGAGUUUGUCCUGUUUGCGGGCCUCCUCUUUGCCGUGUGCAUCCUCUUCUCCAUCAUGGGCUAUUUCUACAUCAGCGUGGAUCCUGAAGACCUGAAAGAAAAAGAAGAGAAGGGAGAGAUGGAGAUGCCAAGUAACAUGAUUAACCUUGUUCCCAAGAAAGCAAAGCUAUAAACUGUCGGAGCGGGGCGGGAUGGUUUUUCCAUGAACUGAACACGUUGAAAGGGAGACUGAAGAAUGACCGGUGAGGUUUCCAUGUGUGUGGCAGCCUUUCUCACCUGAAACGGAGCCACCUUCUCCAUCGGACAAAAUACCUCCUUUUCUCCUUAAAAAAAAAAGGGUCCAAACCCCUGUGUAAAAGUCCCCAAGAAAACUUCUCUGGUGUUCAAGGCGCUUAUAAAUAAACACGGUUUCAUUUUAAA